AUGCAUUCAACUUGGCUCAGUUUCUGCGGCCUUUUAUUGCUGCUGAGCAGCCUCGGCUGCCUUGAGGCGGCACCAGCCAAGGAGCAGAAGGCAACCAAGGCGGAGCAGCUGGUGCGCGUCUAUCCCAUCAAUGAGGAGCAGUAUGAGCGCCUGCUAAAGCUCACCGAUGGCAAGAAUGUCAUCUCGGAGGCGCGUCUGACCAGCGCCGGCUUCACCUCGGUGCGCAACACCCUCGACUCCGGCUGGCAUUCGCUGCUGCGCAUCAUGGGCCUGACCACGACCAGCUACGCGGCGGAGACCAAGAUCGAUAUCGAUGGCCAACCGUUGUGCGUCAUGCAGCGCAGUCUUGCCGAUGCAGCCAAAGCUGUUGAAAGCGAGCCGCGUUCUGCUGUGGCCCGACAAUUCGGUGACGACGAUUCGGUUAUCAAUUGCAUUGUCGUGCUCAAGCGGGAUCCCGCUUUGGAGGCGCUCAGCUCCAGCAAUCCCGACUUUGCGCCCUACUGGUACCAUGAGAAUGAUAAUGUUGCUCCGGGAAAUGAGCUACAAAUAGAACCCCAGACCGCCGAGAUAGUUGCCGAGCAGGUGGCUGCGCCCGAGGACGAGCACGAGCAACGCCUGGCCGCAACAAGCACAGUUGCGCCCAACUUGGCCAAGAAGCGCAACAAGUCCAAGUCGCAGUCCAAGUCCAAGCUGCACAGAACCCGCACCUCGCUCGACUCGGCUGCGCGUCAAUAUGGCUCGCCUUAUGGCCCGCCUCCGCCGCCACCCCCACCGCCAGCACCUUAUGGUGGCGGCUAUGGCAGCCCCUUUGGCGGCCCUUAUCCCUAUGGCGGCUACAACCAGAGCCCCUACAGUCAAUACAAUCCAUAUGCGCCGCCUUUUGGCCAACAGCCGCCUUUUGGCCAACAGCCGCCUUUUGGCCAACAGCUACCUUUCGGCCCACAGCCCUACUAUCCCUCGCAGUUCUAUGGACAGGUGCCGCCCUAUAGUCCCUAUCCAUACUAUGAGCAAGCGGAGAAGGAAGACAAACACGAUGAUGACAACGACGACGACGACGAAGAUGAAGAGUUUGGUCAAAGUGCGGAGGGCGAAUUUGUGUUGGAAUCAGCCUAUGAUCAUGAGUUUUAUGAAUAA